CACUGCACGUGCUGUGCUCAGUAGCUUCGGCUCAAGUCUCUGUGUGUGUGUGUGUGUAAUACGCAAGCACGUAGGAUAUAUAUUUCUGUUUAAAUAAUAUACACAUGAAGUUAGACAGACAUGUACGCAUAGACACGCUCAUAAUUUAGGUUAAAACAUACAUUAAGACAUUACAUGCGUUGAUAAAUUGAGACGAAUCAGGAUUAGACUGCUUUUAAUACCUUGUAGAGUACAUUUACAUUGCUUCAACACAUGCAGACCAGGCGUUUAUGCAAUACUUUGUGGAUGUGUAAAACUGCACACUGUUAGUCGGUAUAUCCAUACACAUUGGUAAUAAUAAGAGGUGCAUUAAAACAUCGAUUAAAUAAUUUAAGUGAACGUAUAGGGGGGAUUUGUUAGCUGAUUAAAACAACCACUACACAUUUAUACACAUUUGAGCCGAUGCUAUUAGAUCCGUGUUUCAGCAUACAGGACAUUGGAAGACUGCUUGCUGAAACGAAAGUAGAUAAGUGCUGGCAAUAGUGAUCUUGCUGUUUAUAAACUACUGUUGGCCGCUGGGAUAUCGGAAUACUCUACUCACCACUGAUACUAAAAGGGGCAGUGUUAGACCGUGUAAUAGUCUAACACCGUGUAAUAGUCUAACACCGCUGUUACUAAGGAGAUAAACUGUACACAUCAUACACCAAUUGACCGUAGGUUAUAGCUGCGCAAUCGAACCACUGCUGCCAAUCGGAGUAAGCUGGCGAGCAUCGCAUCUAUCCCUGCUGGCGGCGGGGUGUAGUGCAGUGUAUUCCCAAAGACGAGCAGUAUAGCAGCAGACAGAGCCCUGCCCGGUGUCUAGGUAGUUGGGUGCAGGUGAUACCUUCGUGAGCGCUUGUGCCCGGGGCUAGCAAUGGGGCUGUUGUCCCAGGGCUCCCCGCUCAGCUGGGCCGACACCAAGAAGCAUGCGGACCACGUGCGGGAACACGGAGUGCGACAAUUCAUCAACAUCUACAACCGGCUCAAGGAGCGUCAGGGAGACGUGCUCAAGUGGGGCGACGAGGUGGAGUACAUUCUCGUGGCGUUUGACCACAGUGCUCAGAGGGCACGCGUUUUGCUUAAAGGGGAAGACGUAGUGGAAACUCUGCAAGCCCUUGGCGAGAAUGUUAAUCCGAACCACCCGUCGCUGUGGCGCCCCGAGUACGGCAGCUACAUGGUGGAAGGCACCCCAGGGCAGCCGUACGGAUGCACCAUGGCCGACUUCAACACCGUCGAAUCGAACAUGAGGCUACGCCGCAAGGAGGUGCUCGCACAGCUGCGGGGCAAUGAGACCAUCUUCUCCAUCACCACCUUCCCCAGACUUGGCUGUCCUGGAUUCACGGUGCCUGAGUUUGAGCCCAAGCAAGAUGAAGCGGGCGCUUCCAAGUCCCUCUUUUUCCCUGACCAAGCCAUCAACAAGCAUCCCAGGUUUAGUACGCUGACAAGAAACAUUCGACACAGACGUGGAGAAAAAGUUGUGAUAAAUGUCCCAAUUUUCAAGGACAAAAAGACUCCAUCGCCGUUUGUUGACCACUUCCCAAACGACGAUGGCGAAGCGGCGCGUGCGGCCAAACCCAACCACAUCUACAUGGACGCGAUGGGCUUCGGCAUGGGCAACUGUUGUCUGCAGGUAACAUUCCAGGCAUGCAGCAUAGCAGAAGCGAGGUAUUUGUAUGACCAGCUGGCACCUCUCUGCCCCAUCAUGAUGGCUCUCAGCGCUGCUGCCCCGUUCUAUCGGGGCUAUGUGUCGGACGUCGACUGCCGGUGGGGCGUCAUCUCGGCCUCGGUUGAUGACCGCACGCGAGAGGAGAGAGGCCUGGAGCCCCUAAAAACGUGCAAGUUCCGCAUCAGCAAAUCGCGUUACGACUCCAUCGACAGCUACCUCUCCCAGUGCGGCGCGAAGUACAACGACAUCGAGCUGACCAAGGAUGAGGCUGUUUACCAGCAGCUGCUAGAUGCUGGCAUCGACCACCUGCUCGCUCAGCACAUUGCCCACCUGUUCAUCCGGGAUCCCCUCACCCUGUUUGAGGAGAAGAUUUACCUCGAUGAUGAGCACGAGUCCGACCACUUUGAGAACAUUCAGUCGACAAACUGGCAGACCAUGCGAUUCAAGCCACCGCCGCCAAACUCUACAAUUGGGUGGCGUGUGGAGUUCCGACCAUCGGAGGCACAACUCACGGACUUUGAAAACUCGGCCUACGUGGUGUUUGUGGUGCUGCUCACGCGCGUUAUUCUAUCCUACAACCUCAACUUCCUCAUCCCACUCUCAAAGGUCGAUGAAAAUAUGAAGAAGGCGCAGAAGAGGGAUGCAGUACGCCAGGAAAUGUUUUACUUCAGAAAGGACAUUGGGGCAGUGUGUAACCCAGCACUGGACAGCUGUCCACCCUGUGCCAACGGAACAGAUUCCCAGGAUGAGUCGUAUAUACUCAUGAGUGUCGACACGAUCAUCAACGGAAAGGAGGGGGUUUUCCCUGGCCUCAUCCCCAUCAUCAACAGCUACCUCGAGAAUAUGGAAGUGGAUGUGGAGACACGAUGCAGCAUUUACAACUACCUAAGGCUUAUCCGCAAGCGGGCAUCAGGCGAGCUGAUGACGAUGGCGCGGUGGCUGCGCGAGUUUGUGGGCGCUCACCCCGAGUACAGGCACGACAGCGUCAUCACUGAUCGCAUUAACUAUGACCUGCUUGUACAUUGCGACGACAUUGCGCGCGGAAAGGCGGACUGCCCGGAGCUCUUCGACAAGCCCAUUCACAAGCCUCCUGAGCACAGCUAAAGGUGUUUCUCAUGCUGCAGGCCAGUGAAUCUGAACUGUGUAAAUGCCAAAAGCCCCUUUCCUCUCUCAUUAAGUGUCAAACUAACCCUGUGUGUAAUCAUGACCAAGCUUGUUUCGUCAUCUAUUGAAAUUGUAUUUACAACGCCGAUAUAAACAAUGCAGGGAAAAACACGAGUAAAUAUUUGUUGAUGCCAUCGUACAUUAUUAUUAUUAUUUCACCUCCUAAGGUCUUACAGUUUAAAAUAGAAAUGGGAGGGAUGAUGUGGCAAGUGGCAACUACUUUUUUUUUACGAGCAGAUCAUGUUGCUUUGAACUGGCCUGGUUGAAACUACGUACGCAUUUUUACGCUGAACCCAUUUGCGACUGACACAAUUCUAUUCUUCCUUACACCUCGAUUGCCUAUGGAAAAAAAUCGUCUGUUGUUUGCUCACAGUAGCUCUGACUUUGCUCAGGUCUGGGGAAACAUACGCUACUUGUUUUAUCUAUGCCACUCGCAACAGAAGCACAGUGAGAUUGUUCUUGUCAUGGCAAGUUUACUGAUUGAUGGCAAUUUAACAUGAAUUAGCACUUUUGUUGGUUCAUUCCUGAUUAUGACCAAUAUUCUGGCAAUGCACAUCUGAUCCAUUGACUGCCUCCCACCAUGUAUGAUGCAUGCUGUCAACUGUAGCGGCCGAACUGCAGAAGAAUGUCUGCUUAUCCCACUAAUUGGUAAAAUAAUUGCAUUUACACUUAAGGGGGGGGGAGGCUGAGUUUUUUUAUGAUUACACAAGUGGAAAGUGUAUAAUGUCCUUUUAGUGAAAAUCUAUGGCAGGGUUUAUGUAAAAUAUAUCAUUUGAAAUACAGUGCUGUCCGUUUGAUCAUGCCCCCAAUGUGUGUUUUUUUUAUCAAAAUAUUAUAGUUUCAAGGAACAUGUAAAAAAAACUAAAUCACUAAAUGAUGACAUUUUGAUGUUUAUGGUAAUAGGUUGGCGGAGGUCAGAACAUUCUGAGCUGGCACCGCUACGAUGCUGGCUUCUAAUAUGUGCAACCACCGCUGAUAAAACUGGGAUAUCAAGUGUGUCGUGAGUUGAUCAUCUCAGUCCAGUCACCAGUAACUGCAAAAAUAAAACGUGAAACUGUGGUUCGGCACUUAAUGUGGAUAAAUUACAGCUCUGACAACAAUUAUAUGUUGUCAUGAGUUGCUAUUGCUCGUGACAGGACGAGUAAGAAUGUGCUGCCCCCCCUGACUUGUGUGCAACAGAGGUGACUUGAAUUGACGUCAGAGGUAGCUCUGUGAGAUCCGCUUACGUGGGUCUUGCAUACAAAGGAGUGCACUGUAACAUAACGCCGAUAGCACAAUUGGGAUAAUAUUGAGUUAACAGAAUUUAUAAAAAUAACUUAUUGUACGUGGUUGUAUUUUUCCCCCCACUUAGAAAAGUAGUUUGCAUCUAAGCUCGAAAUACAGGCGUUGUCAUUGGGGUUUUGAAUUAUGUUGAUCACAGCCCUAAGUUUGGUUCUACCUGUGAGUAUAAACUGUUAUUCCUCCUACUGCUCAUGGAAUAUGGAUGGGGUGCAUCAUGUUGCCAGCUUGUUUUUCCGUGUUCGCUAUCACCAUGGGCUGCAGAUAAAGGGAAACUGACAUCUUUCCUACCAUUAACAUUGAAAGCGUUGUACUUGUUGAUGUUUGCUUACAAAAGGCCAUGGUUAGGUUUUUGCAUUAUUACCACUCCCAUUUGCUGCCUUAGUAUUACUAUGGUGGCCACCUUGCCCUGUCGUAAUCUUGUUAGCUAAACAAAAAGAUAAAUCUGCAGUUAGCAUUGCUAGUAGAAUGUUUUAAUAAAAAAAGUACCUCGCUGUCGAAUGUAUCUUUUGUGGGAUUUUUUUAUCCAUUAAAAUUCUAAAUGCAUAGAGUACACUUUCAUCUUUAUAUUUUAUGUUGGGAAAGAAAAUACAGUUUAGCGAAAUCCCACAGUGAGUAAUUGUGAAUGAAUUGUUCAAGUAGAGUAGCAGGUCGCAUAUCUGACUUGCUCGGGGUCCAAGGUUAAAGGCGGGCCACGUGAAUUCACAUCCAUAAAAUGAGUUGCACCCUUCACGCAUAGGUCGCUGAACAAGAAUGUUGUGCAAACAGCGUUAAACAUGGUCAAAUCCUGCACCGUGCUUCAGAAGUGAGCGUGCAUACUGUUCGAUUAAGAAUACAUAACUGGAUGGGAACGGAGCAGAUUUGUGAACGUCUAUAGUUAAUAAUGACAAGUGUCCACAAUUAUCAAUUGCAUGUGGCCGGUUACUUGGUCAGGACGGAUGUACGAUGUACUGCACAUAAUAUUUGUCGUUAACCUUUUAAAAUGUAGUGUUUUCCCCAAACGAAGGCAACGGAAAACAACGCGCAUUAGGCCAUUGGUGGGUAUACCCUUUGACUUGCAAUAAUAGUCGCGAUAAAAGCAAUGCAUUUUCUACCAAUGCUUCGAAAGAUUCACGGUGCAAGUGGGCCAGACAUUCUUCAGUCUGUCGGCUGACUGCAUACAAUCACGAGUUGUGGCGUUUAUUUUACAAGGACCAUAUAGAAGAGCAUAUCAUGGGUUUAUUAUAUGGUGUAGUUUGUUUGACUUUGUACAUAUUCAAGUUGUAGACAGCCGCUGUGAUAAGUUUGCCGAUGUUAAUUUUUUAUAAAGAUGUAAAUUAAUCCUGGAUUUAGUCGGGUUUUCAUUAACUUGUGUGAUCCUGAGUUUGACUGAUAACAUGUCGAUUAAUAACAUUGCAACCUCUGUGGAAUUGUCCAAAAUCUGCAUGUCCUUUGGAUGCUUAAUUGUGCAAGCAACUGUAAUGUGGUUUAAUUAUGACUGCUUGCUUACAGUUUUGCCUUGUAAAUUUAGCAAAACUACAACUGAUGCUAAAACACUGUAAACAUUCGUCAGAUGCACCACUUUGAAGACGAGUUGAAGUCAUGAGCUUUGCCAAAAUAUUAAUCUCCCAACAUUCCUCGUUACGAAAUGUGUGAAUAGGUUAAUGGACGUGAAUUUUCACUUUGUCUUUUUUUUACCUACAUGAGUUGCUCACGUGCAUAUCCCCCCCCCCCCCCCCCACAUUAUUUCAGUCCGGACCUGUCAAAUUCUCAAUUUGUGUGAGAUUAAGAUGUUCAGACUCUUUCGUGUUGCUGUUGUUGUUGUGCCCUGGUUGUCCUACGCCUAAUAGUUUUCCUCAAAUAAUACUUUGCGGCAUGUGAUUAAAAUUGCACUGAAAUAUACGUAGCUGCUUUGAAUCAAACGUUGUAGGGGAGGGGGGGUGGUGGGCUGAAAUUAGGUUACUUUAAAAAAAAUUCCCACAGUUUUGCUUAUUUACUUUGUGGUGUAAAUUGUGCAAUUAGUAAAAUCCAGACCUGUUGUGAUAACCGAGACGAUACUAAGAGUUGAUUUCAAAAUUAUGAAUAUUGAAUGCUGCAGAAAAAUAAAUAACCCCCUAAAAUGUU